UUUGUAGAUGGCGCCUCCAGUUAGUCAGUUUGCCAUCAUAUCGUCUGGCGUCAUUAAACUAGUCGACAGCUGUCGGUAGUGUCGUAUAGAAGCAGAAGUAAUCUACAGUUGGAAUGAACGUUUGAUCAGUGAUUCUGUCGAAUAAAUCGGCCAUUUCCUCCUCUUAAUCAAAGCGCAAAAUGGAUUACUUCGUAUCAGCUUCGCCGACCAAAAUUACGUCCAACUAGGUUAUAACAUUACCUCAUGCGGCACCAUUAAAGAAAAGGUAUCAAUGGAUUACAUAAGGGAAUUUGAUAUCCGUCUAGAAAAAGAGAUGUACUACGCCGGGGAAAUUUUAGUGGGUCACGUGAUCUUGGAUACCGUGGAGAACUUCAAAUUGAAAGCCAUCCGCGUUUUGUUGAGGGGGAAAGCUCACGCGGAAUGGAAAGUGGUCGUCAGUGGAGAUAGGAGAACUGUCAAGGACGACCAGGUCUUUAUCGACGAUAGAGACGUCAUAUGGGGCAAAGAUAAGGUAGAAGGGAACGUGCCCAUCUUACCUCGAGGUCGACACUCGUUUCCCUUUCGUUUUCAAUUACCAGAAAGUUCAUUGCCCUGCAGUUUCGAAGCCAGACCGUGCACGGUACGAUAUUACGUAAAAGUGACGGUGGAUAUACCGUACGCUUCGCCUCCGCAAGGCAUGAAGUACUUCACCAUUAUUGGACCUCAUAUCGAUUGCAUGGAAGAACAGUAUUUGAGACCUUUAACGGGGCAGGACAAGAGGGCCGUGUGCUGUCUAUGUUGCAAGAGGGGUGUAGUCAGCGUGAGAAGUUCUUUAGAACGUUCGGCUUAUUGCUGCGGAGAGAGCAUCCGGCUGAAGGCGGACAUAGACAACCAGAGCGAAGAGAAUAUAUUCCUCAGACUCAAAUUGGUUCAGUACGUGGAGUUUUUUAUCGAUCGAGGCGUGUUGGGCAUCAACAAAGAAGUCAAUAGAACCGUAUUAGAAUAUAAAGGUGACGCCAUACACCCUCACACCAGAUCCAAAUUUGAUAGUUCAAACAGUUUAGUGGUUCCCGUCAUGCCACCCACUCUAAUGGGAGUGUGCCGCCUUCUCCAAAUCUACUAUUUUCUAAAGGUUUGGGUGGAACUGGAAAAAUCCGGCGACGAUUUACAUAUGAAUUUCCCAAUCACGAUAGCUACUUGUCCUUUCCGCAUUCCCAAUUCAAACCAGCAACCCAAGUUAGAGUACGAAGUGUGUUGUGAACACGUGGAGGGAGGAAUGUAUAUCGGACCAGAAUUCCUCUUGGGACAGGUAUACGAUGGAACGUUGGGAAUGGAGGAAGGAGAAACUGUAGUACUGUACAGACCGGUCUACGUCUGCGUUCGGAACAGGGGAAAUUCUCAACCCUCUAAUGCAAUCUCGCGAGGCAACAACGAAGCAGGAAGCAGCAGCCGCCAAGAGAAGACGGCGGGAGUGAGCGAAUCCAGGGCGUAAGACAGGGAGAUACCGGAUUACGGCCAGUACGGGACCAGAUUCGAAUGAGUUAAAAAAAACCUAGCCACACGAUCAACAAACGACUUGUCCGAAAACGGAAAAAAGUAAAAGCCUGCCUGCAGGAUCGAGUCCAGAUGGAAGGGAAAAGACGGUGCCUCUUUUCGGAUAUAUAAACAAAAAGUAGUUUACCAAGAGCCUUACACCUGACACCAUCUCUACAUAUUUACACUACUAGGCCACAGCUAUCUGUGUGUAAUUAUUCAGGUGUUUGUAGAAGCCUUAUCAUUUCUUCCACGAGAUCGAUAUGUGUCCUCUCUAUUAGCUAAAAAAAAAAAAAAACAAAAUAAUUGGUGUUGGCAACGACGGUGCAGCUAUUGACUUUUUUUAAAAAUUACACUACGUGGUGUGUGCGUGUGCGAGAAUAGUUGCUUAUAUCAAUAAUCAAAUAGAAUAAACCUCCCAACAUUAGAAUGUAGUUCUUAUUUUGGGACCAUAGAGACGAAACAAGAGAAUAAUUUUUCUUAAAAAAAAAAAAACAAAGGUAUAAAUCACUCACCUUAGUAUCCGUGUAGACAUUCUUUCCAGACUUA